CAUCAUCUCCAUGCUUUUACAUCAGCUUACGCACACAGAUACAUGAAUAUAUAGAGAAAGCGAGAAACAGAGAGACGGGGAGAAGGUGCUUACGUUACGUAUGUCAGUGUUGGAAUUGAUUUCUCUUUAAACAGAAGAGAAAAAGAGUUGAAGUAAAGGAUAUUCAAUGGUAAGGGUUUUUCUCUAAUCAAGAGUAAGAUCAAUUUUGGGUGUUCUUUUUAUAUAUCUUGCUGAAAUUUUCCCUUUUUUUAAGGUUGGGUGCUGUUUUCUUUUUUUCGUACAUGGAUUGAGAAUUGAUGGGUUAUAAUGUUGAGUGAUAUUUUUUCCUGGUGAAUACUGAAAGAGGAUAGAAUUGGUAGAAAGGGCUUCAAUUUGGUGGAAUUAUGAGUUAAAGAUUCAAUCUUUUUGAGGUUUAGUUCUGUGUGGAAAGAGUGAGACAAUUUUCUGGGGAAAAAAUAUUUGUGGGUUUUUCUCUUGGGAGUUAAAUUAAAGUAGUAAGAGUUUUGUAGAUUGAAUUUUGUUUAAAUUGUGUUGGAUUUAAGAAUUUUUGGGAAGAAUAAGGAAGUAUUUUUUGGAGGGUUUCAGAAGUUCAUUUGGGGAAAGUUACUUGAGAUGGGUAAGAAAUUGAAUUUGUUGAGCUAAACUUUAUUUAUUUUGUCUUAAUUCUGCAUCAUAUAUAUUUUAUAGCUUGAUAGAUUUUUUUAUGAACUGAUUUAAUUGAGAGAAAUAGAUUUGAUGAGAGUUUUUAUGGAAGAUAAAGAAAAAACGAAGGAAACUGAGAGAGGUUUGGAUUCUCAAUUAUGGCAUGCCUGUGCCGGUAGUAUGGUGCAAAUGCCACCAGUGAACACGAAGGUAUUAUACUUUCCUCAAGGCCAUGCAGAACACGCCUGUGGGAAUGUAGAUUUUAGGAGUUGUCCGAGGAUUCCGGCUUAUGUGCCUUGUAGAGUUUCUGCAAUUAAAUUCAUGGCAGACCCCGAGAACGAUGAGGUUUUUGCGAAAAUUCAAUUGGUUCCUGUUAGUGGGAAUGAUGUUGAUUUUGACGAUGAAGAUGUUGAUGGAAAUUCUGGAUCAGAGAACACAGACAAACCUGCGUCUUUUGCGAAGACGUUAACACAAUCAGAUGCAAACAAUGGUGGGGGGUUUUCGGUACCUAGAUAUUGUGCGGAGACACUUUUUCCUCCUUUGGACUAUACUGCAGAUCCUCCUGUUCAGACCAUUCUUGCAAAGGAUGUUCAUGGGGGUACCUGGAAAUUCAGACAUAUAUACAGAGGGACACCAAGGCGUCAUCUCUUGACGACAGGAUGGAGUGCAUUCGUGAACCAUAAGAAGCUCGUGGCAGGCGACUCAAUUGUGUUUCUGAGGGCAGAAAAUGGGGAUCUUUGUGUUGGAAUCAGGCGAGCGAAAAGAGAAAUUGGUGCUGGACAUGAAACCUCGGCGGGGUGGAAUCCAGCAUGUGGGAAUAGUUUUAUGCCGUAUGGAGGGUUUUCAUCAUUUCUGAUGGAAAGCGAGAACAAGUUGGUGAGAAAAGGUAACCAAAAUUCGAGUGGGAAUUCGACUGGCCGGCAAAGAGUGAAGGCAGAAUCAGUUAUUGAAGCUGCAACUCUUGCCGCUACUGGACAGCCAUUUGAGGUAGUUUAUUAUCCUCGAGCUAGCACUCCGGAGUUCUGUGUGAAGGCUUCUCUGGUAAAAAUGGCACUACAGAUGCAAUGGUAUUCCGGAAUGCGGUUCAAAAUGGCCUUUGAAACAGAUGAUUCUUCACGUGUUAGUUGGUUCAUGGGAACAAUUUCCACGGCUCAGGUUGUUGAUCCUGUUCACUGGCCUGAUUCACCUUGGCGGCUACUCCAGGUAACAUGGGAUGAACCUGAAUUGCUUCAAAACGUGAGAAGAAUCAAUCCUUGGUUGGUCGAAUUAGUUUCAAACAUGUCCACCAUCCAUCUCUCUCCAUUCUCACCCCCGCAAAAGAAAUUGAGAUUACCACAACAUCCGGAGUUCUCUCUAAAUGGUCAAUAUCCUUUGCCAGCUUUUUUGGGUGGGCAAUUACUCGGGUCUGGCAACCUCUUUGGUUAUCUUCGUGACAACACUCCUGCUGGCAUGCAGGGAGCCAGGCAAGCUCAAUAUGGUUUAUCGUUAUCAGAUUUUUACCUAAGUAAACUACAGUCCAAUUUUUUUCAAACUGCUAUAUCCAAGGGAGCCUUCAAUCCAAACACAAUAAAUCCUGGCAAUAACAAGAAUGUUUCUUGUCUGCAAACUAUUGGAAAUUCAGUCCCAACUUCAAAGAAUUCUGAUAAUGGGAAGAAGACCUCAUUUGUGCUUUUUGGUCAACCAAUACUUACUGAACAGCAAAUUUCUCAGAGCAAAAGUUCUUCGGAAGGCAAUUCAAACAAGAUGGAAAAUACUUCCAACGGAUAUGGUCAUACUUUACAUCAACAUGGUACAUCUGAGCGAUUAUCACGUGGAGGCUUUCAUCCCGAGCUCGACUUGGAGGCUAGUCAUUGUAAGGUUUUCAUGGAAUAUGAGGAUGUGGGUCGCACUGUCAACCUUUCUUUGUUUGGUUCUUAUGAAGAACUGUGCAAAAAGUUGAAAAGCAUGUUUGACAUUGAUAGUUCUGGGAUCCUGAACCAUGUUUUUUAUCAGGACGUGACAGGUGCAGUUCGGCAACUUGGCGAUGAACCCUUUAGUGACUUCACGAAAUCAACUCGAAGGUUGAGGAUUCUAAUGGAUACAAACAAUGAAAAUGUAGGAAUGUAAAGGUUUAGACCAAAUAAAUGGAACUUCCAUUUUCAAUUUGUACAGCAGAAACAUGAAGGUUUUGUUCCUAAUUUCUUCUUUCUUGUGGACAUUUCCGGCAAUAUUGAACUAAAAUCUCAAGAAAAUGUCUAGUGUUUUCAUUCAAGAUUUAGGGAUGAUAUGUUGAGCUGAUUUCUUUUAGUGAUUUCGAGUUUUGCCAAGAUAUUAUCUACAAUGAACUAGUGUAAACUUGCCUUUUGUAUUCAUUUGUCUCUUAAAUUUAAGACUUCUAAUUGAAGUCUUCUAAGAAAGAAGGCAAUCUAGGAUACCAUU